UGAAAAGCGCGGGCUAAAAAUCAGUCAGGUGAUUUAAAGUUUUACAUUUUUCCCACUGUGGCGGCGGCGCUAGUAGUCACCAAAACAAAUAUGGCGUCAAACAGCUCGCACAGAAAGCACUGUAAUUGACUUUUUUUCAAAUAAAUGAGGUUUAAAGUGCUAAAGUGGUUAAAAUUUGUUGUAAAAUAGUGUCACAGCAUGGAUUUACCUUUAAUUACCCCGUCACCGGCUACUUUCAAAGAGAAAUUCGAGACGCAACUCUCGAAUUACGAACAACAACAUCAAGGAUCCCAAAGAAAGCCAUGGACUAACGAAAGAAUUUUAGAGGUUAUAAACAAUGUUCAAAAGGCUAGGGUGUCCAUGAUUUCGAAGCAAGACAGGACAUCUAUGGACUAUUACUGGAUAUCAAAGUACGAUACUAUGGUUAUAGCGAGCGAAGAUUAUUUAAUAUUUAAAAGGAAAUCUCCUGAUGACCCGACGGUGCGUAUUAUACCUAGAAGCGAAUAUUUUAGCACAUUGGAAGGCAUCCAUAAAGCAUGCGGUCAUGGUGGACGGGACAAAAUGUCACAUGCUAUCAAGUCAAGAUAUUAUAUACCAAGAAAAGCAAUAGACAUAUUCCUUGCUCUUUGUCCUACAUGUGAAACGAAAAAAGCUUUACCCAAAAAAGGUAUAGUAACAAAGCCAAUUGUAUCGCAGGAUUUCAAUAUUCGAGGGCAGGUAGAUUUGAUGGAUUUUCAGUCUUGUCCCGAUGGCGAGUACAAGUGGUUAUUGAAUUACCAAGACAACGCUACAAAAUUCGUUAGCCUUCGGCCGCUUAAAACUAAAAGAGCACAGGAGGUAGCAAUGGAAUUAAUGAAAAUAUUUAUGAUUUUUGGAGCACCUUACAUCUUGCAAUCUGAUAACGGACGCGAAUUUACGGCAAAGGUUAUCGAAGAAUUAACUUCCAUGUGGCCUGAGUGUAAAAUAGUUCAUGGGAGCCCUAGGCAUCCUCAGACACAGGGCAGUAUAGAAAGAAGUAACCAGGACGUCGAAAAUAUGCUGAGGGCGUGGAUGACUGACAAAAACUCGACAAAUUGGUCUAUAGGAUGCUACCAUGUUCAAUAUAAAAAAAAUGCUUCAUUUCAUCGCAUUAUUGGAAGAUCUCCAUACAAAGCUUUAUUUGGUUGUGACCCCAAAGCUGGAUUAAAUGAUUCAGCUAUACCUCUUUCAAUUCUAAGUAAUGUUGAAACAGAAGAACAAUUACAAAACCUCUCGCAGCAAGAAAUCAUUAGUGAAAACAAUCUUGUCGAUUCAGCUAUAAAGCCUGUAAAUUCAGAAAUUGUAAUUGAAGAACAGCUAACUAUAAAUGUUGAAGUUCCUGAUCUAAUUGAAUCUGAUUCAAAUUUCAAUUUACAAGUUCAAGAACAACCAAGUGACAACAGAGCCCAUACUGAAACUGAGGAGUUAGAGAACAUAGAGCCAAACUUUACUUGUGUUGUAUGCCAUAAUGCUUGUACUGGGGCACAUACGUGCAGGUCAUGUGAAAAUAAUGUGCAUGCUAUUUGUGGAUUACCGGAUGAGGAACAUGAAGGCUAUGGUUCAAAGGUUAUUUGUUUCUUAUGUAAAAGUGAACAAGAUAUACAAUCUCAACGAAAUGAAGCUUAUGAAGGAACAAAAAGAGCUGCUGAGAAAAUGAUAAAUAAUACGGCAAAAAAACUACCACCACUGGGCAUUGGUGAAACGGUGAUUAUUAGCGUUCCAAAAGUAGACCGUGGUCCUUUGGACACACAGAAUAUAAGAGGAAAAAUUGUUGACUUCCGAAAUGGCGUAUACAGAGUAGGAACUAAAGCGGGAAUCAUGAAAAAUUGGUUUGCACGUCAUGAAAUGCAAUUUUCAUCCGAAGAUUAUAUUGAUGAUAUUCCAGAUAUACCAAUAUCUUUAAGAGAAGCUGUGUCACGGGAAUCUUUAUUUGGAGGCCAGGGUUUUCAAAAAUGUAUUUGUAAACCAGCGCAAAAACAGUGCCGCACAAAACGGUGUGCCUGUUUUAAGAAAAAUAUGCUCUGCAAUUCUAAAUGCCACAACAGUUUGACCUGCGUUAAUAAAUAAGUACAAAAUUGAAAAGUGACUCCAAUUAAGAUGACUUAAGAAUUAAGAUGACUGAUUUUUUUAAAAUUUUAUUGUUAUAAUUACAAUUACUUUGUCUAAUAAUUAUGAACAGAUUUUGAUUGUUUGGUUGGUAAUAAUACUGAAAUAGGGAAGAGAUGGUCUUAUAUGUAUAACCUAAACUAAUAAUUAAAACAUAAAUAUCUGCCAAAGUUUCUUAGAAUUUUAUAAUAAUAUCUAA